AUGGAGCGCGCCCGAGGAACCCUCCUCGGGGUGGCUGGUCGACAAUGGGACAUGCUGUGGUUGGGCGGUGCAUAUUUUGGCAUGUCCGCUAAGCAUCCCGGCCGCAUGCCGAGUCGAGGCAUGACCUAUUACCCCUGCCGCAGACAGGAGGGGCACAAAAUAGAACUCAUGCUGGGGAAGCACCGGAAGAGGAAAAUCAACCCCCCCCUCUUCCCAGUCCACCCGAAUGAGGAGAAAAAAAAAAAUCUGAACAAUUUCAUAACGUACAAGGAUCUGAAGAUACGAUGGAGAAACACCUCCAAAAACUACAGGAAAAAAGUAACCAUUGCGAGGAAGUGGAAGAACCUGCAUUGCCUCCUUCCGAUGAACAAACCUUCGUGUAUGUUCAUUUUGCACAAAAAUUUGCCCUACACUCGUUUUAAAGGGAAGGAAGGCAUCUGCGCUGAGGAGAGGAGCUAUGCUUGCCCUCAGCGGAGGGAUGCCUCAGCGGAUGAGGCAGCCAUCAAACAGAUAGGGGAUAACCGCCAGGGAGCAGACACCAAUGUCGUCCGCACCCCGCGGAGUGGAAAAAUGAAUGGCACGCUGACCCGGGGGAGGAAGGCCAGAAAUAGGAAUCCGACACGGAGGCACCACGCACGGGGGGAGGCACGUAAUCCAGGAGAAGCGGAUGAACCGGGUGAAGCAGGUCAAGCAGAUCAACCAGAUGAAGCGGAUCCACCUCAUAGGGGUGAGUCGGUGGAUCCCCUCCCCCAAGGCGCCUCCACAAUCGAAUUGAACUACGACGAGGUACCUCCCAGAGAAGUGCAGCACGUGCUCCGCAAAGGGACAGAAGACCUGUUCUGCAUUUUCAAGUCAAAUUUUAUAAGUGAGCAUAAGGUAACCAUUGGAGACAUUGUACAGACAGAGAAAUUACAUCGAAAGAAAGCAGGCGAUAUCGUAUACUUUGGAACGGUCCUCCUCGUGGGGUCCAAAGAUUUUACUAUCAUUGGAAAGCCCACAGUGCCCUACUGCAGAGUGAAAGCAACAGUGGAGCAGAUAACCCUAAGUAAAGAAAUUUUAAGCUUUCGAUAUAAGAAGGUCAGGAGAUCAAGUAGGUUCCUCCGAAUCAAACACUGGAUCACUAUUCUCAAAAUCGAUGACAUCAUCAUCGAUACAAAGAGCCAAAUGAAAGAUGAACGGAGAAAACCUCUUCAGAUUUUGGACUUAUGGGCAAAUCGAUGGCUCUACCAGAAGGAGUUAAACUUUAUUAAGUUUAACGAAGAUGGCACUACCCCUUUGGCGGAAAAGAUUUACGAUCUAGUGGAGCACCAACCUAAUACUUUACAUCGGAGGGGACUUACCGACUGCUACCGGUUUUACCCUGACCCGAACGUCCCGCACACGUAUUAG